UUGUUUGGUCAAAAAACUUAAAAAUAAUAUGUAGCUAAAAAAGCUAUAUAUAUAAUAUAUAUAUUAAUUAUAAUGUUAUAUUAUAUAUAUAAACUAAACACUAAUAUUAUAAUGUAAUAGUUUUCAAGCAAAGCGAAAAAAUUUUUUUCGAAUCAACAAAUUGAUAGGUCAAUUAUUUGACAAAAUUGAUUUUAUUUUUUUGUGUAACUCAAAAAUGUAUAUAACUUUAGAUAGGUCGUUUAAAUUUUCACCAAACGUCAGUAGAUGGGAGUGUCAAACCUGAUAAACAAACCUUAGUACCUAUACUUAUAUUAACCAUUGUGUUUUUUAUGCAUGCGUUCUGACAGAUAUUGUAAUAUUUAGUACAUAGAUUAAGUAUAUAUUGUCUAUUUGUCUGGGCGAAUGUAAGUUCCUACAAUCCUACACGUGACUUAGCAGGUAAGGAAAAUACACAUGUUAGUUCCUACACGAUAGAAAAAUACAUAAUGUACAUAGUUACAUAGUAAAUUUUUCUUUUUAAAUCUAAGAUUUGAAAAUUUAAUUCAAGAUUCCUCAUAAGUUUGUCUACCUUUAUCAAAAUAAAAUCUCUACUGGAAAUUUAAAUUAAAUUUUUAUGAUUGUUUCAAUUUUAAAUUUUUACAACAUUGCAUACUCGAUUUUUCAUGUAGCAUUUUCUUAUUUUGUUGUUAUUCUAAAAUGAAUAACUGUAGAUACAUGAAAAUUUCAUUGAAUGUAUAUAUAUUCACAUUUUCUAUACACCAUAACAUUUUGAAAAUAUUGUGACUUGUUUUUAGCUAUUUAUGGACAAUUUCAAAUUUAAUUUUUUUUCUUAAAAUAUUAAUAAAAAUGUUAUUUGGCGGGUAAAAAAUAGUGAAAAUUUAAUACAAAGCUCCUGAUAUACUGUUAUUAUAGCAUUUUCAAUAAUGUUAAUACAUUGUUGUAUUAAAUGUAGGUACCAUAAUUAUUAGUUUUUAACAUAAAUAUAUAGUCAUUAAAAGAGUAGAUACACUUUAUGAACAAAGCCGCAGCAGUCCCCACUAAGAUUUUGGAAAGGGCUGAAUAAUAUUUUUGAAAUUACUCGUGGGCCUCAUGGAGUAAAUACAUUUAAAGUUGUGCAUAAUAUUAACCGUAGGCAUACUUUUUUUCCCCGGGAUCUGGGUGGCCGGGUGUAAAGAUUUCUAGUUUCUAGAUACAUUUUGAAUGAUAAUAAUUGUAAAUUAUAAGUUUCAAAAUUAUUAUUUUAAUAGGGUACCUAUACAAGUGUUUUAUUUUAUUGACUCGAGUGUAGAAUGUUGGAUUUUAGUAUGUAAAAUUUAGUUUUAGUGCGAACCGCACAAAAUGUGUUAAGGGCCACAUGUGGCCUGUGUAGUGGGGACCGCUGCGUAAAAAGGGUCAUAAUUAGAUAUUCUAGUAUUGCAAAAACUAGAAAAAAAAGUGCCAUCCCCGCAAAAAGAAAAAAAUUUUAUGGCACGGCAUUGGACUGUAAACUAACAUAAAGUAAAAGUCAAUCGUUUAUUUAAAAAAAACGUCGAAGAAGUAUAUUACAGAAAGAAUAUAUAACAGUACAAGCUGCGACGACGCAGAACGACUUGUGGUGGGAAGACGACUAGUGGCGGGCCCAGGUCUUACGUGUGGAGGUGAACAAGAGAUAAGUGCUGCGCUGCACAUAGAAAAAGAAAAAUAAUAAUAAUUUUGCGUGAGACACCACAGGCCAUAUAAAUAUGAUCUAAGAAAAAAAUGGCAUGUUGGUUGCAGGCAUGAACUAAGAUAAAUUGGAAACGACAUGGUCGGUGGGAGUCGGGGGACGGCCACUAAAAGGUUCCACAUGCCACCAUAAAUAAAAAUACUGGAUUGUCAUAAGUAUUAUGGUGAUAACUCUACUAUAGUAUUAUCACCAUAGAUAUAAACAAGGUGCAUCUUUAUUAUCUAUGGUUAUCACCUGAUAACCGAAUUCAAAUAUACAACGAACUAAGAUAUGUUUAUAUAUAUUUAUUUAUGUCAGAUUUAUAUGUAUUUAGUUUAGAAGUUUGUGAUCUAAGUUCAUUCAUUAUACUAUAUAGAUCUUUAUGAGUGUAUUAUCACCACGAUACAAAUUUACAAAAUACUUUGGCCCACAACCUUGAUGUUGAAAAAGUGGCACCAUCCGACCAGCUUGUCAGUGUAGUUAGCAAUCUAGUUUAUUAUCUAUAUAUUCUGUCGUAUGUAGUAUACUAUCUUAAAUCUUAUUUCCACAUAAAAUAUCUUAUAGCUUUUUUCCAUUUGACUGACGUUAGUUACUUAGUUGCACCUUGUUCGUACAGCGGGCCAAUGUUGUAACACCCAAAAUCGAAGACCGUGGAUAUAAUAUAUCUAUUGCUGUGGUCUGCACUCUAGACUGCAAUUUAGUAGUUACCGCCUUACCGUUAUGUAUGUUAGACCAACGCUUCCACGAUGUCGGCAGCGAACGUAACCGGACAGAACAACUACAAUAAUAAUAAUUGCGAUCUCGAGGAGGAACUUGUGAAAAUGCAAAGUGUUCCAAGUUUGGAGUCCGAGUUGUCAAAUUUUAAUAUUUACUUGGAAAAAAUAUAUUCUUCUGAUUCAGAUGUAUUAUUAUCUAUUCAGAAAUUAAAUGUAUCUAUUAAAUACUUAGAAAAUCUAUUGGAUGUAAAUUCAUUGGAAAAAAAUGAUAUCCUGGUCACCACCCUGUUUGAAGAACUUGCAAUCAAACGACCAUGUUUCAAAAUUCUUGGGCGUCCAGCCUUGUUGGAAUUGGCUAAAAGUCCUAAUGGUUUACAGGGCAUUAAUCGCCAUCGUUAUUGCAAUGCACUUGUUGGUGCCAUUGUCAGUGUCACAGGAAUUCAAAAGAGAGAUGAAAUGGCACGUCUUCUGAGCUUGAUCCGUUGGAUGGGUGGUAGUUUUCGAGAAAGUAUUAAUUACAAGACUACUCAUUUAGUGUCUGGUUAUGCAUGUAGUGUUAAAUCCCAAUAUGCGUAUUUACAUGAAAUCCCGGUUAUUGGAUCUUCUUGGCUUCAUGCAGCGUGGGAGAGAAGAGAUGAAAUGGAAUUCAAAGCAAUCAAUACAUCGUUUUUUUCAAAACACAAGCUAAAACCAUUCCAUGGAGCCAAAAUAUGUUUUAUAGGGUUCACGGAAGAAGAACAAUCACAUAUGGUUGAAGUUUUGUUACACAAUGGAGGGACUCCAGUAGGCGAUGAAAAUGAUACAGAAUGUACUCAUCUGGUUGUUAAUGAAUCUUCAUUAGAUUUGAUUCCUCCAGUGAAGAAGAAUAAUGCUGAAAUCCUGAUAGAAGCAUGGUUCUGGAUAUCUGUACAAUACCAGAGUUGCGCCUUAACAAAAGAAUAUUUAUUAAGCAAUUUAAAUGUGACCAACACACCUACAUAUGCUCAUAUAAUGCCAUCUACGUUGACAUUAAAUUCUUCUCGUUCACGCAAAAGAAAAAGGCAUUUAGACCAUUUGGGUUCUUUGCUAAGGCCUAGUCCAACACAUGUGGCAACUAUUCGCGAAACAUCACCAACAAAUAGUUCAGGGCCAUCAAAACGACGGUCAUCAGCUACCAACACCCUCGAUGGCCUAAGGUUGUCAUGUGGAUCAUUUUUAAAUUUCACAAACAGCCCAGAUCAUCCAUCGCCUUUGAAACUCCCAAAAGAUCAAGAUUUAGUUAUAAAAGAUAAACCAUUUAGUCCGCGAUAUCAAGUUUUCUCUGAAUUAUUACAGACUGAGAUUAAUUAUGUGGGAGUGUUAAACACGAUAAUUACUGUGUACAAAGAACCAUUAGAAGAAAUUAUAGACAAAAAAGACUGUUUGCUAAAUAAUACUGAAAUUAAAAUUAUAUUUGGAAAUGUUUUACCUAUUUAUCAAGUACAUCGAGAGAUGUUAGAAGAGCUCAAAUGCCUUGCUGCAUCAUGGCAAGAAAAUAGUAGUAUAGGAAGUGUUUUCCUCAAAUAUUCCAGUGAGUUAGUUAAAGCUUAUCCACCGUUUGUAAAUUUUUUUGAAAAAACAAGGGAGAUGUUGUUACAGUGUGAUCAAACGAAACCUCUUUUUCAUGCUUUCCUCAAGGUCGGUCGGUUAAGGCCCGAAUGUUGUCGACAGAGUCUACAAGAACUUCUCAUUCGACCCGUGCAACGCUUACCCAGUGUUAGCCUCCUGUUAAAUGAUAUAUUGAAACAUACUAAUAUGAAUAACCCUGAUCACCAAGCUCUUGUAUCAGCCCUAGCCAGUAUACGAGAAGUAAUGACUCACAUAAAUGAAGACAAAAGAAAGACUGAAGGUCAAGUUGUACUUUUUGAUAUAUUUAAUGAUAUCGAUAAUUGUCCUCCUCAUUUAGUUUCUUCACAUCGAAGUUUUAUCACAAAAUGUGAUGUGGUUGAGCAAAGUGAUAACCUUAGUGGUCAUGGGGAUCAUCUAACAAUAUUUGUUUUUUCAGACGUUGUUGAAGUUUGUAAACAAAAAAAAUCAUUUAAUGGAAAGAUUCCAAAAGAACUGAAUUCUGGUUCACACAAAUUUAAUGGCGGUGCUAAAUCAUAUAAACAUAUCAAAUUGAUGCCGUUAAAUAUAAUUAAACAAGUUAUAGAUAUUAAAGAGACUGAUGUAAGUCUGAGCCCGAUACUAUUCGAUACACCUGACCAUUUUCUUGAACGAUCGUUUUAUACCGAUAUGUAUCUUUACACUCAAAUUUGUUUCUUAACACGUUAAGUGCCAUGUGGCCGC